CCAGCCCUGGCCGGGCGGGAAGCGGGCGCGCGCUCCCUCCCGUUCCCCUCCGCCCGGGGGGAGGGGGAGGGCGCGGGCCGCGGGGGCGCGCGUUCUCGAGCUGCGUGCUCGCGUACGUCGCCGGGCUUCGGCUGCGUCCGUCCCGCCGCCCGCCCGUUACCGCCGCCGCCGCCGCCGCCGCGCUUUUCCUUCGCCGGCCGCCGCCUGAGGGGGGCCGGGGCCAGCCGCCGCCGCCGCCGGGAUGCCGCGGGUGUACAUCGGCCGCCUGAGCUACCAGGCCCGGGAGCGCGAUGUGGAGCGCUUCUUUAAGGGCUACGGGAAGAUCCUGGAGGUGGAUCUGAAGAACGGGUAUGGUUUUGUGGAGUUUGAUGAUCUGCGUGAUGCAGAUGAUGCUGUUUAUGAACUGAAUGGCAAAGACCUCUGUGGUGAACGAGUCAUUGUUGAACAUGCCCGAGGCCCACGUCGGGAUGGCAGUUACGGUUCUGGCCGCAGUGGAUAUGGUUAUCGAAGAAGUGGCCGAGAUAAAUAUGGUCCUCCUACUCGCACAGAGUACAGACUUAUUGUGGAGAAUUUGUCAAGUCGGUGCAGCUGGCAAGACCUAAAGGAUUACAUGCGUCAGGCAGGAGAAGUGACGUAUGCAGAUGCUCACAAGGGACGAAAAAAUGAAGGGGUGAUUGAAUUUGUGUCUUACUCUGAUAUGAAAAGAGCUUUGGAAAAGUUGGAUGGAACUGAAGUCAACGGCAGGAAAAUCAGAUUAGUUGAAGACAAGCCAGGUUCUAGACGGCGCCGGUCUUACUCCAGGAGCCGGAGUCACUCAAGGUCUCGAUCUCGAAGCAGACAUUCCCGGAAGAGCAGAAGCCGAAGCGGCAGCAGCAAAAGCAGCCAUUCAAAGAGCCGAUCCCGAUCCAGGUCUGGUUCCCACUCCCGCAGUAAGAGCCGCAGCCGCAGCCAGAGCCGCAGCCGCGGGAAGAAGGAGAAAAGCCGGAGCCCCAGUAAAGACAACAAGAGCCGCAGCCGCAGCCGCAGCCCCGACAAGAGCCGCAGCAAGAGUAAAGACCACGCCGAAGACAAGCUCCAGAACAAUGACAGCGCUGGCAAAGCCAAGAGCCGCAGCCCCAGCCGCCACGACAGUAAAAGUCGGAGCCGGAGCAAGGAGAGGAGAGCAGAGGAGGAGAAGCGAAGGAGUGUGAGCAGGAGUCACAGCCAGGAGAAGAGACGCAGCCAGGAGAAGAACCUUCUCAAGAGCCGGAGCCGAAGCCGGAGCAAAGGGGGCAGCCGCAGCCGCAGCCGCAGCAAAAGCAAGGACAAGCGGAAGGGCAGGAAGAGAAGCCGGGAAGAAAGCCGCAGCCGCAGCCGCAGCAAGAGCGAGCGCAGCCGCAAGCAUGGCAGUAAGCGUGACAGCAAGGUGAGCAGCAGCAAGAAGAAGAAGGAGGACACCGACCGCUCCCGGUCACCAUCCCGCUCAGUGUCCAAGGAGCGGGAACAUGCCAAGGCAGAGUCUGGCCAGAGGGAAGGCCGGUCUGAGGGCGAAGGUGCAGGCCCCAAUCCAGAGCCCCGAGCCAGGUCAAGAUCCACUUCCAAAUCCAAACCUAGUCUCCCCGCAGAGUCGCGCUCCAGGUCAAAGUCAGCUUCCAAAACGCGCUCUCGGUCCAAGUCUGCAUCCAGGUCUGCUUCCAGGUCGCCCUCCCGCUCUAGAUCCAGGUCCCACUCAAGGUCCUAACCGGCUCUGCCACGCUGGAACUGCCGAGAAGUCUUUUGUACAUGUUGGUAGCCGUAGCACAAGAGUGAAGUAGAACACCCUCACUGCUGAACAUUGAACUCCCCGAACGGUGUGUCUCCAAUUGUUCAAUCUCAGUGCUUCCUCGGUACCGCCUCUGGCGCCAGGUCUCCCGCUCCACUGAAAAGCAGCUCCUCCAACCACCCUUUACUCACAGCAGGACAUCCAAACGCCUUGGCUCUCAGGCCCGGCCACGGCUAAAGGGAGCUCGGCACCCGGUCGGCUUCUCGGGCUGGAAUGAUGGCAUAGGUAGGUGUGGUGAGUUCAGCCGUUUGCCCUCGAGUCGAUGAUGCCCUUUGAUGUAUGCCACGUAGUGAAAGUGCAAGUCUUCAGUUUCCCGCCACUUUGGUUCCUAUUUCUGGACUUAACAACGUUGUGAAUAGCACAGUCAAGAGAAAUUGAUACCUGCAUAGCCCAUAGGAAGUAAACUGUAGAGUUCCAUAUUCUGGUAUUGUGAUUAUAUUGUUUUAUAUUAAAAAAAGAAAAGAAUUUUUUUUUAAUUUUAUUUUUCCCCGUCUUGCAAAGUAUAGUGACCCCUGUUUCCAUUAAAUUUGAAUAAAGACUAUUUUUGCUUGACAAAAUUUCAUCGUGCUUGAAUCUAAAUGGCAUUUUCUGAUGUCUCAUCUGUCCUGCUUUUUUUUUCCUGUGGUGGGGAAGCAGGACUUCCCAAAGGAUUUUCUCACCCAGCACAGUGAAGGCAAGUCUCCAGAGUUUGUGAUUCUGGGGUUCUCUUAAGAAGCUUGUGGUCCAUCUGAGGAGAAAUGAGGCUAUUUGGAAACAGCAUCACCAGUGAGUUCUUCACGAACAGAUUCUGUGCUUGUCAUGAGUCCACCCCAUCAUGAUCUGUAUCACUGUCAAAUCUGAACUGAAAACCAGGGGCAAGCUGCAGGAUGACCUUGUCCCAGUCAUUCUUGCACUGAUUGCUACUUAGCUCAGGAGGUGCCCCAGACAGUGCCUCCUGUCUGGUGCUUGAGGGACAGACAGCAGCAAGGAUGACACCAGGUACUUUAGGACAUGUGGCACGCUGGAGGACAGAGCACUGUACAGGAAUCUGUUGGGAUCUGUCCCGAGAGUUCAGGCUGGUCGUAGACCUGCAGGGGUCCUGGAAAUACAAAAUGAGGCUGUUCCCUUUCCUUCCCAGAGUUUCUGCUUGUCUGGGAAUGGCUAAGACAGAGCAGUAUCCAUUCAGGGAAGACAGCACUGUGCCAGGGAACAUGGCUUUGAAUAAGUGGUAGGCAAGCCCAGAUGAAGGUAUGGGAAGAGUCUUUAGUGCCAGGGAAGCCAGCCUCUGCCCUGUCAGCACAGAGGCCUUCAAAAGAACUUGAACAGGAAGGUGCUUGCAGAGCUGUGCUGGAGGCCUGCAGGCAACGGCUCUCAGUGUAAAAGACCAGGUGUCAUGGAGUGGGGUCGCGGCGGUGACGGGAGAGGGCAUAAGAGAGAACGGUGAGACAGGGCCGGUGCCUUGGGAGAGGUGUUCAGGUGGCUGGUGGUGAUGAAGCCACCCUGAGCUGGAGAAGAGCUGGUGAACUGGUUCGGCUUGGGAUCCCUAGAACAGUCUAGGCAGCCAAACUGGGGGGUUUGACUCUAAGACUCCUGUGAACUUCCCAUACCUUUAUCUGGGCUCCUCAUGUCGUCAUGACAAGGUAAGGAAUCCACCUCAAGAUCAUACAGGUCUCCAGUGGGUGUAAAAGAAGUGUCUUAAAAGUGUGGUGGUUUGGGUUUUUGUAUGUUUUU